CGGGGUAUCGCUAACGCUUCCCUUCAACGGAAAAGUAAACAAAGUUUCAGCAACUAACUUUCCGCGGUGUUUUUAACCGGUUAUGAAUCCUGUUCCAACGUGGGACCAACUCAUAACAGCUCAACUGUUAAGAUACAAUUUGGUGAGUGGUGUUCUUCUCUUGACCAGGCAUGGUCAGCCUGCAUACACUUAUGGAGAACUGGACAUCAACCCAACUGUGGAGGAAUCAAAACAUUUCAUCCAGGCAUUCAGACUGAGCCAGUCACAACAGACACCUCAGAAUGACACAUUCAUUGUUCAGUUUAAAAAUGGACAGAAAGUAAACUUUACAGUUUACAAAAGAUCUUUCUGCAGUAUCUACGCCACAUCUAACGGGAACAGGGAUGGUCUGAUCAUCUGCAAUCUACCCCACGGUGUUAUGUUGUGUACCUACCAUCUCCCCGUCCAGUCAGGGCAGGUUAUCACCCUGGUGGAACGUUUCUGUGACGUACUCAGGGCGUGAGGACCAGCGUAUAUAACACAGGUCAUACAUAUUAAAGAAGAGUAGCAAGUCUGGUGACAUGCUCAGGGUGUCAGGACACAGUAUAUGUACCUGUCAUACAUAUAUUGAAGGAGUGUGAUGACAUAUGCUACGGGUGUUAGGACUACUGCUGUCAGCACCUGUCAUUCAUAUUGAAGGAGAGUGGGGUGCAGGCCAAAUACUAGUAUCUGAUGACCACUGAUCAUGAUCACAACAGAAGGCUCAGGUAGGCAAGACAAGGCCUGCUGGUUGUUGAAUGAUAGACAACCAAUAUACACGGAUAGUCACAUGCUAAGACUUUAAGGACAAUAAAAAACUGAAACACACAAGGAUGUUUAGAUGAAGAUCGAAUGCUGGAAGGAAAAAGGAAAUGGUUGUCUGUUGAGUUAUAUAAUAAAGGAAGCAUUCUUAGUACUGAGGCUCACUAAUUAAAGCAACUGUUAAAUUUAUUGGAUGAUUUUGUCUCUUUGGGAUUGUUCAAGUUAUAAUGUUUGCAAUAAAAUUAUCAUUAUAUUGUG